UGCAAGCAAAGUGAAGGCAUUGUGUCUUAUUGGAAUGGGUGGAAUAGGCAAGACCACAAUAGCAAAGACAACAUUGACAAAUGUGAAGCACAUGUAUGAUGCUUCAUGCUUUGUUGAGUGUGAUGAAAGUGGUAAUGAUUGUUACAAAAGCUCUUGCCACAUCUUAGAACAAUUGAAAGUUAAAGAAAAACCGAAGGAUUUGAAAGAAGCACAAGAAAUGCUGAAGUUGGUUUUGACCAAAAAGAGAGUCAUCAUAGUCUUUGACAAUGUCACAAACCAAAGUCAAAUUGAAGCUGUUGUGCCUAUAGAUGAUAUAUUUGCUAUGAGUGGCAACACAUUGAUUGUGACAACUCGAGAUUGGAAAGUUAUAGAAUAUAGUGAUAUUAAACUUUGUAAAGUAAAUAUUGAAGAACUUGAUGAAGAAACAAGUUUGAGGUUGUUUAUCACUCAUUCUUGUGGGCAUGAAGGCAAAUUGUCUAGUGAACUUGUUGAAGUUGGCAAAAAGAUUGUGAAAGCAUGUAAUGGCCUACCAUUGAGUUUGAAGGUUAUGGGUGCAUAUUUAAGAGAUAAAAAGAGGUUGAGGUGUUGGGAGCGAUCUUUUCAAAGAUUGAAGAGGGGAAGACAAUUAGAUGGAGAUGAAAAGAAUAGUGACCAUAAGAUUUGGGAUAUAUUGAGAGUAAGCUUUGAUAACUUGAGAGUUGAAGAGAAGAGAAUGUUUUUGGAUAUAUGUUGUUUUUUUAACAAUGAUGUGUUUCCACAAGGCAUUUUGAAAGAAAGAGCAUUGCGAAUAUGGUCCAACAUAGAAGAAAAGAGAAUGGAAGAUGUGGAAUAUACAUUAAUUACAUUAGUUAACCAAUCAUUGAUAAAGAUCUAUAAUCAUGGAGUUAUUGGAGUGCAUGAUCAACUACGAGACAUGGGUAGAAAGAUUGUUGAAACAGAAACAGAGUAUAAGAAUACCCGAAUAUGGAACACAAAUGAUGCGACAUUGGAUGGAAUUAGUGAAAAGUUGAAGGGAUUGUGUUGCAACAAUAUAAACAACAAGAAGUUAAGUAAAAUAAGAAGUACAUGCUUUUCAUCACUUCGAUUGUUAAUCUAUACUAAUGGUGAUUUUACAUUAAGAAAUAAUUUGAGAAGAUUCUUGAAGUUGACAAGACAUUUAGUCAAUUUAAAAUGUUUUCUUGUAUUUUGUCCAAGAUUAAUUUCAUUGCCUAAGGAAUUGGGCAAUCUCAUGUCUUUGACCACCUUAAAUAUGAAUGACUGCACAAGCUUGACAUCAUUACCAAAGGAAUUGGGCAACCUCAUGUCCUUGACUACAUUGGAUAUGUAUAGAUGUUCAAGCUUAACAUCAUUACCAAAGGAAUUAGGCAACCUCAUGUCCUUGACUACAUUGGAUAUGUAUAGAUGUUCAAGCUUAACAUCAUUGCCAAAGGAAUUGGGAAACCUCACAUCUUUGACUACCUUAAAUAUGGAUCUAUGCUAUAGCUUGACAUCAUUGCCAUCUGAAUUGGGCAACCUUAAAAAUUUGACUACAUUAAAUAUGGAAUAUUGCGAAAGCUUGACAUCCUUGCCAAAAGAAUUUAGCAACCUCACAUCUUUGAUUACCUUUAAUAUAAGAUAUUCUUAUAAUUUGACAUCAUUGCCAAAGGAAUUAGGCAACCUCACAUCUUUGACUUCCUUAAAUAUGGAAGGGUGUUAUGAGUUGACAUCAUUGCCAAAUGAAUUGGGCAACCUCACAUCUUUGACUACAUUAAAUAUGAAAGGGUGCGAAAAAUUGACAUCAUUACCAAAUGAAUUGGGUAACCUCACAUCUUUGACUACCUUAAAUAUGAAUGGAUGCUUAAGCUUGACAUCAUUGCCAAAUGAAUUGGGCAACCUCACAUCUUUGACUACAUUAAAUAUGAAAGGGUGCAAAAAAUUGACAUCAUUACCAAAUGAAUUGGGUAAGCUCACAUCUUUGACUACCUUAAAUAUGAAUGGAUGCUUAAGCUUGACAUCAUUGCCAAAUGAAUUGGGCAACCUCACAUCUUUGACCACGUUAAAUAUAAGAGAGUGCAAAAAAUUGACAUCAUUACCAAAUGAAUUGGGCAAUCUCACAUCUUUGACUAUCUUUGAUGUAUCAAAUUGUAAUAGCUUGACAUCAUUGCCAAAUAAAUUGGGCAACCUCAAAUCUUUGACUACCUUAAAUAUAAAAAGGUGUUCAACCUUGACAUCAUUGCCAAAUAAAUUGGGCAAUCUCACAUCUUUGACUACCUUAAAUAUGAAAAGAUGCAAAAGAUUGUCAUCAUUGCAGAAAGAAUUUGGCAACAUAACAUCUUUAAUUACCUUAAAUAUGGCAUAUUGCAAAAACUUCUCAUCAUUGCCAAAUGAAUUGGGCAACCUCACAUCUUUGACUUGGUUAAAUAUGGAGUGGUCCAAAAGCUUGACAUCAUUGCCAAAAGAAUUGAGUAAUCUCAUAUUUUUGACUACCUUCAAAAUAAAUGGAUGCAUAAGCUUGACAUCAUUGCCAAAUGAAUUGGGAAACCUCACAUCUUUGACUACCUUAAAUAUGAAUUGUUGUGAAAGCUUGACAUCAUUACCAAAAGAAUUGGGAAACCUCACAUCUUUGACCACCUUAGAUCUGAGUCAGUGCUCAAGCUUGACAUCAUUACCAAAUGAAUUGGGCAACCUCUCAUCUUUGACUACCUUAGAUAUGGGGUGGUGCUCAAGCCUGACAUCAUUGCCAAAGGAAUUGGGCAACCUCAUAUCUUUGACUACCUUAAACAUAAGUGGAUGUGGUAGCUUGACAUCAUUGCCAAAGGAAUUGGGCAACCUCAUAUCUUUGACUACCUUAAACAUAAGUGGAUGUGAUGUAAGACCAGCAAAGUUAGAAAAUUCUAUUCUGUGCUUCAAUGCUUUGCCACAACAGUCCAACCAUUCAAUUGAUAAUUGGCAGCAGGUAAUACCCAGCGAAGAUGAGUUACCAACAAAGAAGGAAAAUGCAACUGAAGUGUACAAAUUUGUUGCGCCCAUCUUUUAG